CCAUUCCUAAACUAAAGGGGGCGAUAUUUCAAAUGUGAAGUUUCCCCACUGUCACAAUCGUAGAAGAAGAAAGUAAACCAUGUUCAAGAUGCCAGCCCAGGGCCCUGUGGGCGUGAUGAUGGCAGUGGUGUUUGCUGCGACCCCCAGCGAUGAGAAAUCACCCAGUAAUGACCUUAGUCUGGAGGAGCUGUCCCUGUACACGACUCCGCAGCCCAAACUGCGUUACCUGGAGCCACCUGUGGGCUCCCUGGAGCUGGGGGUCACCACCGUACGCCACGCCACCCAGCCAUACCUCUCCUGGGGACAGCAAACAUCAAAGUUGGCAGUGGAGAAAGUGCAGGGGGUGUAUGGGAAGGUGAAGCCACAAGUGGACAGCGCUGUUCAGAUGGGGACAGAUGGAUAUGUCUAUCUUCAGAACCCGCCCCCAGAGUUCUACCCGCGAGCAGGGGUCAUCGGGUUCGCUGGCAUCCUGGGACUGUUCCUGGCCCGAGGAUCCAGGUGGAAGAAGCUGGUGUAUCCUAGUGGACUGAUGGCCAUUGGAGCGUCUGUGUACUACCCUCAGAAGGCUUCAGAAAUCGCCAAGGCAACCGGUGAUGGCAUCUAUGAUUGGGCGCUGCAGGCGUAUGUGACCAUGGAACAACUGGUGAAGCCCAAACCGUCCAAAGAGAAGGUUCAGACAAGUCCCAAGGAGGAGACCAAAGCUUGAACUCUGGAGCUGGUCCAGGCUUCCUGCCUUCAAGCUGACGGACGAAGGAAGUCCAGCCCACUUUGGAAAGAGGCCCUCCCCCAACAUUUUGCACUAGAAUGAGACACACCCCCAUGUGUGGUAACCACUCCCCCAAGGGUGGGAUUGGCCAAUGGGCUUACUCUGUCCUCGAUCAAAUAAUCUGUUCAAACUGAAUAAUCUGUUCAAAUUGAACAAAUGAACAAAUGAAAAUAUACAAAGUCUUUUCAAAAUUACAUUUCUUAGAUUAAACACACACACACACUCACACACACAUUAAACAUGGCCGUCCAGUCAUAUGCAAAUAAUGCAAAUGCAAUUGAACCUGAUGACUAAAUAUGUGUAUUUGUUAAAAAAAAUCUUUAAUUGUUAAGUUAAAUUCACCUUGGAAACAUAAAUGUAAAAAUUGAUUUAUAUUUAUAUAUAAAUUAUAAAUGCUCUAUGAAAGUAAAACUGUAUAUUUGAAGAUCUGA